GUUACAGUCACGGGCCACCGGGGAGCCUUUUUGUGAUCACAUUAUUAAAUAUCACAGCCAACAAACAUAGGGCAGCACAGUGUAUGCGUAUAAGUGUGUGUACAGUGGUUUUAGUUACUGCUGUAUUGAAAUACACGCACACGACGACACACUCCGUUGUCCCCAUUCCUAUCAGUUGCUGAGCGAACUAUAUGUGCCGGUAAAUAGACUGGUACAUUUAGCUUGUUAUUUAUAGCUAUAGUUACAACAUGCACACAAUGAGGUGCUUAAGGAAUUGGGGCCUGAGUGCUUUGGUACUAUGUCUCAGCGUACUGUCAGUAUGCCAGGCGAAGGCAAAUACAUACAAGGAUGGGCAGAAGGUCGACAUAUAUGUGAAUACGGCUGGUCCCUACUAUAACCCAUCGGAAACAUAUCCAUACUAUCGAUUGCCCGUCUGCCGGCCUGAGCAAAUCAAGAUGGCGACCUCAAUGGGUGGCAAACUCGAUGGUGACCGCUUGGCCGAGUCACUGUACAAUCUAGAGUUCAAAAAAAACGUGGACAAGGAGGUGCUAUGUCCGCUCAAACUCAAGCCCAACGAUGUGGAUGAUCUGGUGAAGGCUGUGGAAGAGCUCUACUACUUUGAGUUCAUCAUUGACGGUCUCUCUGUCUCCCAUUUCGUGGGAUACCACAAGGGUGACGCCUACCCACACAACCACGAGAUCUGGUUCUGGACCAACCACCACUUCUUCCUCUACUACAAUGGCAACCAAGUCGUCACCGCCAACGUCACGGUCGACCGUCCCGUACAGCUGCCCGAGGGCGCCGAUAAUACGUUUGAUCUCCAGCCCAUCGAGUUUACCUACAGCGUCACGUGGCUGGAGACCGAUGUGCAGUAUAGCGACCGAGCCAAACUCAAUGUGGGGUCACUCCAAGUGCACUGGCUAAGUAUCAUCAACUCGUUUGUGCUCGUGAUCCUGAUGGUGGGGUUUGUGGCGAUUAUCCUGAUGCGUGUGUUGAGGAGUGACUUCCAUCGGUACUCGCGAGAUCAGGAAGAUCUGGAGGACUUACAGGACGAUUACGGGUGGAAGCUCAUCAGUGGGGACGUCUUCCGCUUCCCCGUCUUCCGGGAUGUGCUGUGUGCUGUUCUGGGCACAGGGGUGCAGUUCCUGUCCAUCGCUACCACACUGAUCGCCCUAGCACUCUCAGGCAUCUUCAAUACACACCAGCACGGCUAUGUGAACACCGUGGCGGUGUUUAUGUAUGCCUUCACCUCGGGUAUUGCCGGGUUUGUAUCCGCCAAAUGGUACAAACAACUGGGGGGCGAGCGAUGGAUCCGCAGCAUUCUGUUCACAACUAUCCUGUUUGUUGGGCCUCUCUUUCUGAUGUGGUGUGUGCUCAACAGCAUCGCCUGGCACUACAACAGCACACAGGCCCUUCCUGUAGCUACUGUGUUUGUGCUUAUCUUCCUUUGGUUGCUGGUGGGGUUGCCUCUGACGGUGGUCGGCGGUGUGGUGGGUAAGAACUCGGCCACGACGUUUGAUGCGCCUUGUCGAACGAAGGUCAUUCCUAGAGAGAUCCCUGCGUAUCCAUGGUACCGGUCACGUGGUGUGCACCUGCUUAUUGGAGGCUUCCUGCCGUUCAGUGCUAUCAGCGUGGAGCUGUACUACAUAUUCCUCACCCUGUGGGGCAGGCAUCUGUACACACUCUAUGGUAUACUCUCGGCCGUGUUCUUUAUUCUGCUGGUGGUGACGGCGUGUGUGAGUGUGACGCUGACGUACUUCCAGCUGUCCAUGGAGGACUAUCGCUGGUGGUGGCCCAGUAUCUUCAAUGUGGGGUUCACGGGAGUGUAUGUCUUCCUGUACGCCAUCUUCUACUACACAUACCGCUCGCACAUGUCUGGUCCGCUGCAAACAGCAUCGUUCUUCGGAUACACAGCUCUGAUGUGUUACAUAAUCACUAUGAUGCUGGGCACGGUUGGGUUCUUCUCAUCCGUACGCUUUGUGCGAUAUAUAUAUGCGACGGUGAAGGUGGAUUAAGGGAAUCUGCUUGAAUUAACAAGUAUAUAUGAAUGGCAAGGGAAAAGUGAAGUUUUGUAUGUGAAUGGUCGUAUAAACAGCCGAGAGCGCACGAGAACAACCUCUGGCGUUGUUUGGGAAUAGGUGGCUCCAAAGAAUAAAGAUCAAAAUUAUAUACCCCUAUGGUGUUAAAU